AUGUCUGGAGCCAUGAGAAUCUUUUCCUUAAUUUCUGCUGCUCUCAUUCUCCUUGUUCACAUUUUCUCAGCCCACGGAGGAAUAUACAGACAGAUACAGUGUAAGAAAAGGGAUGGGCGCUGUGAAGUCGAGUGUCUCUCCUUCGAAGUUAAGAUUGGGGGCUGUCGAGCUGAAUUGACACCAUUUUGCUGCAAGAAAAAGGGGAACAAGUAAAAGCCAAGCAGCAGCUACAAAAAGUAAGAGGCAAAGGUCCUCUGGCUGUGAGCUCCAUGCAGCAAACCUGUCUGGAUUUUCUCUCUUGACCUCCAAACUUGACAUUAUUUGAAUGAAGCUGUCAGUCCAGCUUCUGACGCUGCAGAGAAAUAUCUUCUCUAAUCCAGGAGAUCCCCAAGGAAACAAACUGUGUGGGGUUUACCUUGGCUAUCCCCACUUGCUGGCAUAGUGAGUGAGCAAAUGAACAGAUAAAACAGGUACAAUGGAAAGGUGGGACUGUGCUUGAAAGA